UCUGUGUAAUUCAGGCAGAACUCUAUUGUUAUUUUUUUAUUCGUAUUAUUGGCAGUCUAUUUAGAUUGGCACAGCUGUAUUUCGACAGAUGUAAAGGAAAUGUUUAAAACCCACAAUACUUACUUACCAAAGUCCUUAGUUAUUCGACUCUGAAUCAUACAGGCUACGGCUUUACUUACAAAAUCUUCCUUUUAACACUUAAGUUGGUCAACCAUGGUUUUGGGCCCAAACAAAUGGAUUCAUCAAGACACAACUUUGUUGAACCACAAAGUCGUUUACAUUGCCAAGUUUAUUGGUGUGAUUGAAGCAAGCGGACCUCGUGGCAUGGCAGUUGUAAGGGAAGCUAUUCAAAAACUUAAGUUUUCCCAUCAUAUUAAACACACUGAAGGAAAUAAAGCAGCAAAAGUUGAGUUGAGUAUCAACGUGCAUGGGUUGAUCAUCACAGAUGUGAAGACAAAAGGGAUUCUUCACAACAUUCCAUUAGAGCGAGUAUCGUUUUGUGCAGACGAUAAACAGGAUCCGCGCUUGUUUUCUUUCAUUGCAAGAGCUGAUGAUGGAAAACAUUAUUGUUAUGGACUGGAUUCCCAACAUGAGGCAAACCACAUCACUUUAGCUAUCGGUCAAUCUUUCCAACUUGCUUACACAAGCGUUAUCAAAAGUGAUGAAGGAGGUGUUGCUUCUAAACAGGUUAUGGAUUUAAACAAACGGAUACAAGAUUUGGAAAAGGAAAAUUUCAUGUUAAAACAUCGGAUAUCUGAGCUUGAAAAAGAUUCAAUCGCGCAAAAGGAAAAUAAAUCAUUAGAAUAUACUUCCCACUAUGUACCAAGCACACCUGUUGUACCGGUGAAAGAUGAGUUUGACAUGCUAGCAUUCCUCCCACCAAAACCAACCUUAGUUAAACCUUCUUCUCCACUGCAAGGAAACCAAACCGCGAGAACCAGCAAGAACUUAUCGGCUUCUAACUCGCCUACUUACCACGACACAAAAAAUUUGCUGGAAACAAAUGUUGACUCAAUUGGUGAUUUCAUGAAACUAAAUGAAGAACUCAAUAGAUUUAAUAGUGCAAGCAAAACAAAGAAAUCGGAAUUAAUCGGAAACCUUCUUUCUUCACCAACUUUUUCCAACUUUCUUCAACAACUUUCUUCCACUUUACCACACGCUAAUCAACCUGCUUCUCAAAACAAAUCAGUUAGCGCACAAUGUAGCGCUGAAUCAGGAAAACAAGGAAAUAAAUUAAUUAACAAAGCUCAUGGGAGUGGAAACAAACAAAGGAAUCUCAACAGAGGGGAAGACUUUAAUAGAAAAAUGAAAAUCUUAGAAGAAGGUUUUAGCAAAGGCCUUACAAUGCAAGAAGCAGAAAGCUCGCUGGAUGCGUUCGAUCCUUUGAAACUUGGUAAAUAAGUGGAUUGACUUACCACCAUGAAAAUCAGGAGCAUAUUUAGGGGGGGGUAGAGAGGUCAGAACCUCCUGUUUUGUUCAAAAUAAGUGGUCACCUUUGUCUAAAUUGAUAGAUAUCCCUAAAACUUAAAUAGCAAAGAUCCACAAAGCUACAUACGUAGUAACUGGUAAGCGGACACGACAUGUAUGAAAUGGGACACUCGUGUUAUAAAGACUGUUGUUGCCCACUACAUAAAGAUAAAUAAGUUACAUUCAUUCAGGUAUUUCUUACACUUGCAGUACAGUAUUGUCUCCAAUAUUUCUUCAUUCUCCUUUUCUUCAGUUUUAAUUAAUUUUCACUGAUUUAUGUUGUAUUGUUUCUCCUUUAUAUUUGUCACAUCUUGCCUUGUUAACAUUCUUUACUUUGUGUCAUUUUUACUCGUUUUUUUUACGACGAAAAUAUAUAAUGUUGAACACACAAUGUAAAAAAAUGAAUUUCAAAUAUUGCCUUAUCAUUAAAUAUGUGUUGCUGUUUAUUUAUUAUUAAUCGUGACGUGCCUCUUUGUAUGACCUCACUCGUAUAGUAUCAACUCAUAAUUUUAAUAAACGCAUGUUUUGUUUGAAGUUGUGUAAUGCAUGAUAAAUCUCCAUUUGUUAAUCUUUCGUUGAACUACGACGUGUAUGUGUCUUCCAUUACAUUGUGUUGAGUUAAUAAAUUUGAAUUAUGUUAGUAAGUAUA